AUGUCUUCAACUUCUACUUCUAUCUCAACACCUACGGCUGUCUCUUUACUGUUAAAAAUUACCAAAAGAACUAGAAUCACCCUGGCUAUGUUUCCUAGUUCUCUUGUGGACCUUGCUACAGCUGGGCAUGCUACAAUGAGAUUAUACAUUGCACCUCAAGAGGGUUUUCCUCCCCCCACAUCACGCUUCAAGUUUACUUGGAACAGACUUAUUGAUGCCUCUCAAGGUUGCAGAGAAUUACAAACCAAGCUUUUAGAGGUUCAAAGUAAUGAAGAAAUCAAAAUCCUAUUGAUUGACUAUGUUUGGUCUGCUGUUGCCCAGGUUCAAGGAGAAAUUGUUGCCAAAGCGCGCAUCAUAAUCAAUGGUGCUUAUCAAAUUCCUGGUGAUAUGGCCCCAGUUCAAAUCAAGCAGGCUGUAAUGUGGCUUUUAGAGACUGGUGCAUUUGCUGAUGGUGAUCUUGAUAUCAAAGCCAGGACAUUCAACAAGCAAAAGCCAUUCAUAAUCAAUGGUAUGGGUGUAAGGAUUGAAUGUUCCCUCAGGGGAUAUGUAAAUGGUAAUAAAGCUACCCAAGAAUUCUCAGAGAGCAUUUUCGAAACCAAGUACAAUAUCAUUUAUCUGUUGGUGCUUCAGAAGAAAAGCCUUGUGUGGAUGAAGCAAAUGAGAGAUGGUCUGUACCAGGACAUUCUAAAUUUGGCCAAUCUCCAUUAUCUAGGGAUUGGUGAAGACCAGAUGAAGGACAAGGAUUUUGGUAUUGAUUUUGAAGCUCUAAAGAAUAAUAUCAUUGCACAAGCUGCUUGA